UCUGAAAAAAGAAAUCUGAGUUUUGCGCCUCUUAAAUUUAAUAGUCCAAACCCUAGAUUUUGAAAUCAAUGCAGCCUCUUCUCUCCAAAAGUCCCAAGUCCGGUUCAGCAAUUCACGAUUCAGUCACGAUUCAGCGAUCAUCUUCACAUUCAUCAUCGUUCUUCAUUCAAUCACAGUGAUGCAGUGUGAAGCAUCCAGCAGCCCUACAGAUCUUUCAUCUUUCACUUAAGUUUGCCAAUUCCAAAUAACAGAAAAAAAAGACUCCCCUCCGCUCUAUCUGAGAUUGUCUCUACCACACCGUCGUUCUUUUCCUCCGGCGAACGUCAACACUCGGUGGCGUUGGGACCACCUCUCUGCGGCUCCGGUGAAUAUCACUCUUUCAGAAGCAGCUAUAUCAUUCACUCGUGUACCGUAAAUGAGUCUCGUUGAUGAAUCGCCGGUGAACUCGUCAAGCAGUGAUGAUUUUGCUGCAUUUCUGGAUGCAGAGUUGGAUUCCACAUCUGAUACUAAUCCUCAACAAGAAGAGGAAAAACAAGAAUCUGAUGAUGACAGUGACGACAACGAUGAUGAUGAGAUUAAUGCAGUUAUUGAAAGUGAACCUUUUGCACGUGUGCUUGGUUUUAAAAAGCGAGAGGCAAUCUUGAAAACGCUCCAACAUGUACGUAUAAGUCAAAGGACAAAGAGAAGGAAGAUCAUUGUAGUGGAUGAUACAGAAGAACCUAACGGUUCAACAUCUCAUAUAGUUCAAACAGAAGUAACAGAAACAUCAGUGAAGGAGGAUAUAUGCAUACAUCCUGGUUUUAUCGGAGGAAUGUGCAUAAAAUGUGGAGAAAAAACGGAUGAUGAUACUCAGUCUAGUGUGGCAUUUGGUUAUAUACACAAGGAUCUACGACUUGCCAAUGAUGAAAUAGCUCGUUUGCGUGACAGAGAUUUAAAAAAUUUGCUACGCCAUAAAAAGCUUUAUUUGGUUCUUGAUUUAGACCACACGUUACUAAACUCAACAAGGUUUUCAGAUUUAGCUCAAGAUGAAGGAUAUUUAUUGAACCCAAAUGACCCUAUGCAAGAUGCGCUAAAAGGUAGUUUAUUCAAAUUACCAUUCAUGAACAUGGUGACAAAACUGAGGCCGUUUGUUCACACAUUCCUUAAAGAAGCAAGUAAUUAUUUCGAAAUGUACAUCUACACCAUGGGGGAGCGCGCUUACGCAUUAGAAAUGGCAAAUUUACUGGACCCUGGUAGGGUUUACUUUGACUCUAAAGUCAUUGCGCAAGGUGAUUGUACUCAAAGACAUCAAAAAGGACUCGAUGUAGUGUUGGGACAAGAAAAUGCCGUUUUGAUCCUUGAUGACACAGAACAAGUAUGGUCGAAACAUAAGGAUAAUUUGAUUUCGAUGGAACGCUAUCAUUUCUUUGCUUCAAGUUGUAAACAAUUUGGUUACAAGUCUAAAUCUCUUUCUGAACUGAGAAGCGAUGAAAGUGAUACCGAUGGUGCUCUUGCAACUGUUCUUAAAGUUCUUAAACGGGUGCACAGUAUGUUUUAUGACUCGGAACUUGGGGAGAAUUUUGCAGGACGUGAUGCAAGACAGAUGUUGCGUGCGGUUCGUAGUGAAGUUUUGAAGGGUUGCAAAAUUGUAUUCAGCCGAGUUUUCCCAACAAAAUUCCAAGCAGAUAACCACCAUUUAUGGAUGCUGGCAGAGAGAUUAGGAGCUACAUGCUCUACCGAGGUUGACUCAUCGGUGACGCAUGUCAUAUCCACAGAUAUCGGAACUGAGAAGUCACGUUGGGCGAUUCAAGAAAACAAGUUUUUGGUCGAACCGCGGUGGUUGGAAGCUGCGAAUUUUCUAUGGCAGAGGUUACCAGAGGAGAGUUUUCCCGUAAAAGACGUAAAAGUUAAUCAUUGACCUUAUCUUUUGACCAUAUGUUGUAGACAACAUUAAGGUAGUAUUUCACCAUCUUGUGGUUUCUUAUAUAGGUGAUUAGUUAGAGAGAUGCGAUUUUAGAAUUUAAACUCUUACAUCUGAAACCUGACACAUUUUGUGGUGAAAUGGAAGUUCUCUUGUAUAUGA